GGUAUGACAGUCAAGGUAGGGGCGCAUGGCAUAGGUGCAACCCUGCCCACUGUCGCUGAGGAACAGCUUAUGAGGUGGGUGACUGACCUGCGAGCAGAUAGCGUUCCUGUGACAGGGCUGAUGUUGAAGCUACAGGCUCGUGAUCGUUAUGCGGCAACCGGGCUUCCAUGUGGAGCUUUUACGGCUUCGUGUUCGUGGAGGAAACACUUCCUACGCCACCACAAGCUGUUAAUUCACAGGAAAACGCACGAGGGACAGACUACCCCGCAA